AUGGCGGGGCGUCUCGAGAACAAAGUAUGCCUGAUCACCGGUACCGGCGGCAGCAUGGGUCGCGCAGCAGCCUUGAAGUUUGCCAAAGAAGGUGCCGUCGUUGUUGGCUGUGACUUCAACGAGGCCAAUGACAAAGACACGGUCGAAGCUGUGAAGAAGGCGGGCGGCCAAAUGGUCUCGUACUCGCCUCUAGACUUGACGUCUCACGAAAACUGCGAGAAGCUCAUCACAUCCACUAUUGAAAAGUAUGGCCGCAUCGACUGCUUGUACAACAACGCAAGCAUGGCCUACUUCGGGUGGAUGGACGACAUCACCGACGAAGCGUGGCACAAAACCAUCCGGAUGGAGUUAGACAUCGUCUACCUGCUCACCAGGGUUGCGUGGCCCCACUUGAAGGCAUCAGGCGCGUCCAUCAUUAACGUCGGCUCCGUCAACGGCUGGGUUGGUCUUGCCGUACUACCUGCCAUCGCACAUACCGCCGCCAAGGGCGGUGUUAUUGCCAUGACCCGCCAGCUUGCCAUGGAAGGCCGCACACACGGCAUUAGGGCUAACACCGUCUCUCCGGGUGUCAUUGAGUCCCUACAGACGAAGCCACUAUUGGAAGAUCCGGCGUGGAAGAAGACAAUGUUGGAUAAGAUCAUGCUCGGCCGUCUGGGACGUGCUGAUGAGGUUGCCAAUGUCGCUUCUUUCCUUGCCUCCGAUGAGUCAAGUUAUAUAACGGGUUCUGAUAUUCUUGUUGAUGGCGGUUUGACGGCCUGGUAA